AGGUAUAAAAACACAUGGAAUUCAUUGGAGCGUUCUCCUCACUGUUCUGGCUGGGUGUAUGUGCCAUUCCAAUAUACGAACAUCUGACAACUAUCGGAGAGACUUUUUCAACCCCUACCACUCGCUUAUUCUACCAGAUGGCAGGGAAACCACGGUCUACUUAUUGAAAGAUAUUACUAAAAGGUACUAUUUUUCAUUGCAAGAAAACAGUUCUCACUUCUCAAUCACCGUGACUCCUUGUGAUGUACCUAUUGAAUGGAGUAUCCUACAGUACAGAGUAUCACAUGCAUUCCAUGGAAAAGCAGUAGAAAAAUACAGAUCAUUUGAUGACCUAAAAGCUCGAUCCUACUACAAGACCGUUUCUAUGUUUUUUCAUUAUAAAGGA